AUGUUUGCGAUUCUUCUAAUUCUCGUUGUGACCGUGUCCGGAAUCUGGGCCACGGACUACAUGGUGAUUCUUGAGGAACUAUAUUCACCGUGCACCGACGGACCACCGGAAUCGAUUUCGCUUGACGAAGCCUUCGAUCUGAGCAACUUGGACGCCGAGAUAGCACCCGAUGGAAUUCACGUCUCGGGGAAUGUCACUACUCUCUGGAGCUUUCCGCGCUCGGAUCGGCUUUCCGCCAGGGUAAAUAUUUUCCACUUCAACCGAGGCACCUGGGACCCAACUGUGUUUAGUGUCCAUACCUACGAUCUCUGCACGGCGAUGUUUGAUAAAAACACUUACUGCUACAAAACCCUGUUCCAAAACACUGCUAACCCAGAUGAGUUGAGGGAUAAGUGUCUGAUGACAAAGGACGCUAUUAUUGUGUACAAUCCUUUUAUCAUGAAACUGCAGGUGGAAAACAUUUUUGGCCCCCAGCUCCAUGGUCGUUACAAGGCGGUGAUCGUCAUAGAAUCUUUCGAAGAUAUGAACGUAAAGCGACCAACGUCCGCUUGCUUCGAGAUUAGGGGUGAUGUAGAGAAAAUAAAGAAUACCUAGUCCCUUUUCUAGAAGACGUA